ACAAGCUUCAGCACCACUAAAGCACAAACAACCCAUCAAAAUGUACAAACUGGUCGCCUUCUUCGCCCUUUUGGCUUGCGCUUACGCCGCCCCCGGGUUCGUAGCCACCCCCGUUGUUGCCCAUUCCGUCUCCAGCCACCACGCCGUUGUCGCCCACCCAGCCCCGGUGGUGGCAGUUAAGGCCGCCGUCCCCGUUGUGCACGCCGCCCCCGUUGUCCACGCCGCUCCCAUCGUGCACGCCGCCCCCAUUGUCAAACACGUGCCAGUUGUUCACGCCGCCCCUGUUGUUCACUCCGUCCACGCCGUCCAUGGAGUCCAUUACCAUUAGGGAUUACCGCAAAUGGCUGUGAUUCGCACGUUGUAAAAAUAUUUAUUUAUGUCUAAGGCCUUUAAAUACAAAUUUAUAAAACAUCACAA